AUGAAUGUACUUGAGCGAAUUUGGAAGAUACAAAAAGAACACCUUGAGGCUGUGAGGUGCAUGGUUCAAAAUAGAGCAUCGUUUGCCUAUACUUCAGACGUCACCGUAGAUUACAUAUCGAAGCACUGCCCAGAAUUUUUCGAUGGUGGCUGCCCAUAUGCCAAGCUUGCCCAAGAAAAAGAAGGCGUCUGUGGCAAAUGUCCUCCUUUCAACAAUGGCUGCCCUUUCAAACAAUGCAAGACCGUGGGUGAGCUUCAAGACAUAAUGGGUUUGAUGCGUGACCAGUCCAAAGGUGAAGCUCAAUGGAUUGAAUUUUUGAAGGACGUCGUCUCUCUUAGUAAGGAAAAACAAGUAGGGUACGGAACUGACGCCCCUCCAAGCUUCUUCAAGGGUGGCUGCCCCUUUGUCAAAGACACUGCAGGAAAGGAGAUUUUGAAACCUGCAUACGCUGUGACUUCAGACGUCACCAUAAAUUAUAUAUCAAAGCACUGCCCAGCAUUUUUCGGUGGUGGCUGCCCAUAUGCCAAGCUUGCCCAAGAGAAAAAAGGCAUCUGUGCCAAAUGUCCUCUUUUCAACAAUGGCUGCCCUUUCAAACAAUGCAAGACCGUGGGUGAGCUUCAAGACAUGAUGGGUCAGAUGCGUGACCAGUCCAAAGGCGAAGCUCAAUGGAUCGAGUUUUUGAAGGACGUCGUCUUUCUUAGUAAGGAAAAACACGUAGAGCACGGAACUGUCUCCCCUCCAAGCUUCUUCAAGGGUGGCUGUCCCUUUGCUAAAGACAAUGCAGGAAAGGAGAUUUUGAAACCUGCAUACACUGUGUAUCCAUAUUCUUUGACUGUUGAAGAGAUCGUCAAGAACUGCCCAGUUUUUGGCAAAGGUGUGUGCCCAUAUAAAGCUCUUAUUGAUGAAAUGAAAGGAAUCACCGGAAACUGCCCUAGUUUCAAAGAGGGAUGUCCAUUCAAGAAUCUGACAACCAUGGGUGAGUACGUAGGCAAACUGGCCGAAAUGCGAGAUAAGACAGCUACUCCUAAGGUUCGAGCUGCAUUCGAGAAGUUGAUGAAGAGGGUUCAUGAGAUCUCCAAGGAAGCUGAAAAGAAAGCAGGACCCUGGCCAUUCCCUCUAGAUACCUGCCCAAUCUUUGCCCGUGAUGCGCACGGAAAGCGUAUCAUGCCAAAAUACAAUUAG